CUAACCGUCACCGAUCCACUGCGCAUGCGUGCAUACAGAACUAUGCGACUGCGCAUGUGUGCAGAAAUGGUUUUCGACUUUAAGCAAAAUUUUAUGUUCUAACCUCUGAUAUUCGUGUCGAAAAGUACUCUCGUAGAGGGCACUGGAUAAAAUUGAAAGAAGAAACCGCAUGCAUAGAAUCGACAACACCCUUGCGCAUGCGCAGUGGACGCUCAUCUUGAAAAACGCUGAAAUUUUAAGUCUAAGAUUAUUUCAUGAUUAUUUCAUGAUUUCGUGUGAUUGAUGAUAUAUAUGUAAUGUAAUGUAAACAUAUUGAAUUUAACGAAGUAAGUUGAUAUUAUUAAUUGGAUCUUUGUGUUGUGUACAUUUAUAGUGUUACUCGUAUAGAUAAGCUCAGGAAAUAUGAAGAAUCAUGCUUGUGCUAUUGUGAUUGAUGGUCAUCAUACUGAUAUUGCUUUGAAGAUCUAUAGUAAUCGUGUACUAGCAGUUAUCACACAGUUUAAAAAGUUUGGGACGUUGGUGGUAGUAUCCCGAGGAACUGUAGUACACGAGUUAAAUAACAGGACAUUUUCUACGAAGGUUUUGUUUGGAAAAGAUGAUAUCGAAGUCGUUGCAGCUGCACGAUUUAUAACGGAACAGAUCGAUGUGGAUAAACCUGUAUUAGUAUCAAUUUCUUUGAAAAAUUAUGAUCCGAAAACUUUGAAAGCUAUCGCCAAGGCUGUAAACGAAAUAAAAUCGUGGUAACAUUAUAAAAUAUAAUUAGUAACACGAUGAGUUUAAUUUUUGGCCAACUAGUCAUUGGUCCACCCGGAAGUGGAAAAACUACGUACUGUUAUGCUAUGUCAAGAUUUUUGGAGAAACUGGGUAGAAAAGUUGCUAUUAUUAAUAUUGAUCCAGCAAACGAAAACAUGGAAUACAAACCACUAGUAGAUAUAUCUGAACUAAUAAGACAUGAAGAAGUAAUGACACAUUACGGGCUUGGACCAAAUGGAGCUUUGGUUUAUUGUAUGGAAUUCUUGGAAGCUAAUGUGAAAUGGCUAAUUACGAAAGUUUUAAAUUUAAAGGAUUACUAUAUCAUUAUUGAUUGUCCAGGACAAGUUGAGUUAUAUACGCAUCAUAAUUCGAUCAGUGCGAUUGCUGAGAAAUUGGGGCAAAAUUUAGUCAGAUUAUGCAGCGUACAUUUGGUAGACUCUCACCACUGUAGUGACGCUGGUAAAUAUUUAUCCUCUUUAAUUCUUUGCACCACAACCAUGUUAAAGCUAGGUUUACCUCAUGUCAACGUUAUGACAAAAUUCGAUGAAAUGAAAAAGUUCAGUCACUGCCUAGAUUUUAAUCUAGAUUUUUAUACCGAAGUGCUCGAUUUAAAAUAUUUGUUGGAUAAACUGGAUGAGAACCCAUUUACGUCAAAGUACAAAAAACUGAAUGCAGCUUUCGUGUCGCUGAUAGAAGAUUAUAGUCUCGUCAAUUUCGUACCAUUGGAUGUUUCUAAUCAAGCGUUGUUAUUACAAGUGAAAAAUGCAAUAGACAAAGCUAACGGUUAUAUCUUUGGUGGGAACGAACCUCAAGAUAUACAAACUCUACUCGCAUGUGCCGUUGGAGCAGUAAGUGAAACUGAAAAAAUGUCUACGAUAGAUUCGUAUUUUGAAUAAAGACCCGUUUUAUGAAGAAAAUGUUACAGACAAUAUUAUUUUUAACUAUAUUUAAGAGUAUACAUAGUUAGGUACAGUUUUAUAAAAUUACAUAGUUAAUUAAGCAUUUGUAAUAAUUUAUUGAACUUUUGACUAGUGGUUUUGAUACACAAAUAUUUGCGCUAAAUCAUCAUAAUCAUAUGUCUUUUUCAAAUAUGUAUCUUCCAACUUUAAUCCUGAGAUAGUCUGAAAGGUUACAAGAGUUGUUUAACGUACUAAAAUUCCAAAUUAAAUCAUUUUCAGCUAUAAAGUAAAUACUCGUCUAUUAUUUUUUGCAUACGUGAACACGUUAAAAUUCUAAGUGUCACAAAAUAAUACUUACUAUAAUACCGCUGUGUAAUGCGAUUAUACAUAAAGGAAUGUCAAUUGAUGCUCCUGGUUUUAAUGUUCCAAUUUUUGUGGUGGAUAUACCACACCAUGCUAUAGAGUUACCAGAUUCCAAACAUAACAUUAAAUCCAUACUUCUUUCUCUAAAAAAUAUAUAAUCAAAUAAGACAUAAAAUGUGAUAUUAUAUUGAACAGUUAUUACAACUGAAAUACCUACGAUGUGUUUAUUAUGUGACAAUUAAGUGUUACUGACUGUUCGAGAUAAACUUUCGGGGGAAUAUCUUUUAUAGUGACUCGCAAAUCACCGUAUUCAGGUGCCUAAAGAGUGAAAAGAAAAAUGGUAUUCUAGAAAAAUCGAUUCAAUGUGAAUAACAUAAUAAAUAACAUGACAAACCAUUCGUUGCAACUGACAUGUUUGCAGCCUUCCCCUUUCUCCUAAAUUACUUCUCCAAACGAUAUCUAACUUCCCAAUGUUUGUCGCGUUGUGCAUCAUUUUUGGAUCUUUUAAUAAAGUUAACUGAGGUCUUAAA